UCCUCCAACUGGCUUAUAUGCUUUUUUCUCCUAUAUAUAAGGAGCUUCAAACUCUUCCACUAAAUGCAAAUCAACAUUUUCAUCGUUAAUACAAACCAGCUUCUCUAACGUCCCUCUUUUGUUAUUCUACAUUUUCACACUAAUGGCUUCCAACUCAAUUAUCAGCACUUCCCGGAGCUCUACCUCGUCAUGGACAGCGAAACAGGACAAACAGUUCGAAAUGGCUUUGGCUAAGUUCGAGAAGGACACUCCUGACCGAUGGCAAAAUGUGGCAAGAGUAGUUGGUGGAAAAUCAGCUGAAGAGGUAAAAAGACGCUAUGAAUUGCUCGUUAGAGAUGUUAAUGACAUUGAAUCAGGACGUCACGACCCACAACCUAGGUACCGUAACACUAAUUGAAGCCAUUGAGAUUCUUUGUGAGCUCCGAAAAAAAUAACUAUGUGCCUUUAAACUGUAUUGAGAUGGAGACAUUAAGAGCAUAUAUAAGUAAAAGUGUUUGAUUACAUGCUAUUAUUGCUUAUAUUCUAUUAGCUUUUAUUUAUUUCUGUUUGGUUUCCAACUUUGUAAUAAUCAUUUCUCAAUUCCAUCCUAAUGUAAUCCAAUCGAUUUAAGUUCUCA